CCCGUCGUUGCCGUGGUAACAGUGUUGCCCUCGGGGAAGUUUGUAGCUGCAGAGGUGUGCUUUAACUGCCAUCUUCAGUAACCGUUAGCUAGAUGGAGGAGGAUUUGGCCGAGGGUAAAAUCACCCGCUCUCAUAAACAGAACACAAGCGAAAAAUGGAUGUUUCUCACCCCUAUGAUCAACAGCUGCAAGUUGCACCUCACGACUGUGAAAUCUCUCGUGCCAGCGAGAGCACAAGCGAUGAGUGACUCUCAAGAUCAUGUAAAAGAAACAUUUAACUACUCUGACCUAGAAAACAGUUUACAUGCAGGCAUCCAGAAAAGAGUUGUACAGGAACUAUUUGAAAGUGACAAAUGUACAUAUAAUCAAAAAGCUGGAGCUGCCGUUUCAAAUGCUGCAUACAAAGCAAGACACAAAGCAAGGAGACAAACCCAGUGUACGGGGGAAACUUUUGGCCAGAAUGCCUUAAAAAAUGCAAAACCUGCAGGUGAUUUUCCUGGAUGUAAUUACAGUGCUCUGCCUGGUUUUCUCUCCACUCAAUUGCCUUUCACAUCCAGUUUUCAACAAAUUGACUUGGAAAGACAAUCUCUGGAGGAAUGCCCACAGUUGGACUUUGUAAAAGAACUGCAGUUUCUCAACCUUCAGCACAAUCUAAUUACAAAGAUCCAACAUUUGUCACAUUUGCAGCAGCUGGUUUCACUGAAUUUGCAUGACAAUCACAUCAGUGACAUGGCUGGCAUUGAAGUUCUGAGGUCUCUCAAGAUCCUCAUACUGGGGAAGAACAGAAUUCAUGAAAUCUGCUGCCUGGACAGCUUGUCUAAACUGAAUAUGUUGGAUUUGCAUGACAAUCAGAUCUGCAGGAUAGAAAAUGUGUCUCAUCUGAGCGAAUUAAGAGUGUUGAACCUAGCAGGAAACAACAUCUUAAAAAUGGAAAACUUGCAGGGUCUUGACUCUUUGACUGAACUGAACCUAGGGCAGAACUGCAUCUCUGUUGUGACUGAGGUGGACCGCCUGCCCUUGUUGCAGCGCCUCUUUCUCAGCUGCAACAACAUCACCAGUUUUGACCAGCUAGCCUGCCUCGGAGAGUCGUGCUCCCUUUCUGAGCUCACGCUGGAUGGGAAUCCUGUAGCCCUGGAGACAUGGUACAAGCAGGCCGUCCUGCGCUGUGUGCUUCAUCUCAGACAGCUGGACAUGAAGCGCAUCACAGACGAGGAUCGGCGCAUGGCAGGUGUACAGGCUCGAAAAGAGGAGGAAAAGAAGAAGGAGAGUCACAAGCAGACCAUUCAUAAGGAGAAGCGGCGUCUAGCAAUCCGUAAUGCUGCACAGCAGUGGGAGGGCGUCAGGGCCUGCCUGGAGCUCCCAUCCACAAAUGGCGCUAAAGAAGAAGUCAGUCCAGAGAACAGCCCGGCUCACAGCCCCGCCCAGACCAAUGGCCUUACACAGGAACCUUCCCCUGAUGAACCGAGGCGGGUAAGCCCAGGUUCAGGACCAGAGCGGCCAUCUGGGGGAACAGAAAUCAGACUCCAGACCAACAGCCGUCCAAACAGCCCACGAGACCCCAAGCUUGUGGAGGCAGGGAGUGGCAGUGUUCAAAGCUUGUCCUUGUCUGACAGUCACCUGGCAGAGCUGGAUGGAGACACCCUGCGUUUAUUUGGACUUGGAGCCCUGGAGGCCCUGGAGAGGGGCUGGGGUGUUCAGACUGCUGGUGCUGUCACUGUAAUAACCUUCCGCUACAUCAACUUUGAUGCCAUAGUACCAACACUGCCACGAAUAAGAGUCAAGUUCCCAAAUCUGUCGCAUAUGAUAUUCCUGGAAACCAACAUCAGCCGUCUGCCGCAGCUGGCAGCCCUGGCUCAGGUGAGGCGCCUAGACCAGCUGACCAUACACCCAGACGGCAACCCAGUGGUCAGUUUGACUCUUUGGCGUUCCUUUGUCAUCUAUCGUCUUCACCACUUCAACCUGCAGAGGAUAAAUGGCCAGGAGGUGACCAUGAACGAUGUUAUCGCUGCAGAACGUGUAUUUGGAACACUGGGCCAUAUAGCAGCCACCGAAACUCCACGUUGCCGGCUCCUUCUGCUGCUUGAGGAGUCCAGGAAGCGGCAGUUGCAGUUCCUGUUGGAGGGGCGCGGCCGGCGGGCAGGACUCAGUCCAGAGGAGCUGCGUGAUAAUGGGAAACUCCUGGGAGAAGGCCUGAGCAGAGCGUUGUUUAACUAUCCAAGCAGAGACUGCAGUGCAGAGAGCCCUGAGGAGGGCAGUGUGGAGUCGUCAGAGCGUGCUACUAUGGUAGAGCAGUACCUACAGGAGUUGGUCCAAAGUGCAUCAGACACCAACCUGAAGGGCGAGGCUUUACACAAGCUCUGGCCUUCCAUGUUUGCAGAGAUGGUGAGAGACUGUGUCUUGGAAAUGAGGGACCGAGCGGCCUUCCGCCAAGCCAGCCUGGCAAAGCUCUCUGAGACCAAGUGAAAAGGACCAGAGGUUCACUGUUAGGCAACAUACAUGCACACGUGGACAGAGCUUUCUUGGGCAUCUUCGUCCUUUAAUUUCAAAAUGGAUAACACAUAAUCACUUUAUCAGUUUUAAUGCAUUUGGAAACACAAGGGUGUAUUUCCUUAGUCUGUUGGAAGCUUCUGCUUGAAAUGUACCUAGACUAUUUUAUAGAUGUCUGAAGAAAUUGUCUGAAUGUAGAUUUUUCACUAAAAACCCACAGUUUGAUUCUUCAGAGCUUGAAGGUAAAUAAUACUUGAAGAAUGUUAAAGAGACUUAGUGACUCAAUGUGCAUUGUUGCCCAUAGGGAGCAUUGUCUGCACUUUAAAAGCCAUCUGAAUGACCCUUCUACACCAUUAAUAUCAUCAGCUGAAAAUGACCAGUGUCUCUUUUCUUGAGACUAGAAUGAUUUUUCUGUCUUAAAGCCUGUCUCAUCCAUUGCUCUCUCAUUUCUUCCUGCGGGACAUAAAUGCAAGGGCACAAACAAGGACAAGGUCUUUUCUUUGUUUACCACUGAUUUUCUGUAUUGUGCUUAGUAUUAAACAAUUCUGCAUUAACACUGAGAUUGUCUGCAUAGUAUACCUAAUUAUUUUUCUGAUAAAUGUCUCUACUGGAGUGAAGGGGCUAGGUCAUCCAGUUAGAUCAUUUCUUAAAAUAUGCCAUUCUCACUUUGAAAGUCAGUCACAAGCCAUUGGUAUUUCAGAAGGCGGAGCCUCUACAUUCAUGCUAGGAGGUCCAAAAACUAGGAAGGUAGCGUGAACUAAGACUGGAAUGUCCCCGAAGGUGUAGAGGCUUCACCUGUUUCCCACCACCUGCUCUUUAACCCUACAAAAAAUGCUUAACCCUUAUUUAAUCUGACAGUCAGCAGGGAAUGGCACCAAGCCAGAGGAGUAACACCACGAGUGUCAAACAGCCCCACACAAGCUGAUGGGUCGUGUUGUCAUAUGUCAUCCACCUCACUGGAGAUCAGUGCCUUUCUUGGGGCAUUUGACUUGAAGAAGGCAAGAACAUCAGUGCCCGGUGGCUAUUUCCUGGUAAAAAAAGUAAUGUGAGUGACAUUCAUAUUUACUUUUCUCCCACAACAAUCUUCUGCCCAUGCUACAGAGUAUAGUUCAGCAUCUGUUCUAAUAGAGCAGUUAAAUCUAAGAACCAGAACAUCGCAGUUGUUGUAUAAAAAGAAACACAGUAUAACGUGUUGUUUUUGGGACAACUGUCCCAUGAUGAUUUCAUAUGAAGGCUCAUUGUUCUGCGUUGACAGGAAAGCUCUCAGUGCAAAUGUCUGCUAUCAGAAAGCGACAACUAGUUUACUUUGAACACGUCUGAUGCGCAACAUUGCUGCCUAUCAGCAAUGCACUGUUGUUAUAUUUUGUUAGUUUGUGAGACUACAGGUGUCAACACUGCAAGAAAAGUCUAGUCCCAAAGGACUGACAGAACUUUGUGACUAGUGACAGCAAACAGAUGCACAGAGCCACAAAAUGAGAGCAAUGUCUCAUCGCUGGAGAGAAGUCCAGACAGUUUAGUAUUUCCUGAGCUCCAUCCAGUCUAGAAAGCUACACACAUGAAUAUGUGCUCCAUAUGUCUUGGUGAGAAAUAACUGUCAAUCAAUCUGCGGCACAAAUUAAAUACAUAUUUGUUUAUCAUAGGACGUUACACUGACAUUUGUAUUAAAUGUGCAAUGUGUAUUGAAUGCAAUUUUAUUAUGUCUGAAUAUUAAAAUAUAUAUAGUUCUUUUUUCAAUUAGAGUUGCUGUGUUUGCAGCAAGGAUUGGUCUGGUUACAUGAUAGUAAUCAAUAGCUGUAAUACUUAAAGUGGGCGAGUAAAGCAUAAGGUUUUCAAUUUAUCUCAGGUAGCACGGCUACAGUAGAUCAUCAAAAUAGCUUUUAUCUACGCCUGAAAACUGAGCACUUGGAUCCUUGCUCACAGUAAAUCAAUGCACUUUUUUUCUGUCACAACAGCAGCACUGUACGUCUCAGCUGCCAAUGCACAGUGGCCAUCAGCCAAGAAGAGCUUGGAUAAUGAGAGGCAAACUAGUGUGAGGAUUUCUGCAAGGCUGUGAAGACAAUCUCAUUUUCAGAAUGCAAAUAAUGGACUAACUUUCUUUCCAUCUUUGUGUACCUCUGAUUUCUCAGACAACUUUAAACCUCCACGCUUCAGGCUUGAUUGAUUCAGCUGUGGUUUAAAGCUUACAGUUGUCUGUUUACGAGUGUAAUGGUGUAAUUAUAAUGUAGACACACGCAGAAGGUCACAGUAAACCCAAAAGGGGGAGUGAAAUGAGAGUGAAUUCAUUAUUGUACUUAUUAUAAAAUAGUUGACUAAACCCAUGCAAUAUUAUCUGUAUAAUCUCUGUUUGGGUGAAUGACAAGCUAAAAUCCUAAGAGCUGGUUUAGAAGCUGCAGUGUUGAUAUGCUCAACUCUGAUAGAUUUUUCUGCAGUCUGGAGAGCCGGCUGCCAAUUCGUUCCACCUCACAGGACCAACUAUUAGUUUCUGCUGGAAUGAACCAAGUGUAUUGUUUAUUGUGAGCCAUGUGCUGCAAAAAAUAAUGAUCUGAAACAGUGGUUUGACUUGUUAGUUAAUCAAUUGCAUUUCAGAAUUAUAAUGAGUUAGAUGUAGAUUGCAAAAUAAAUUUCCCCUGAAGAUCAACUCACAUUAACCCUUAAAAAAAUGUAAAUAAAUAAAGGGAGAUGGUGCUUUACUAUAGCUUGUCAUUCUACUGCUCCCUUUAGACACAUUCAUGAAAUUUUUUUGAGUGUUGUCCAGAGACAGUGUACAUGUUCACCUUGUGUGAGACAGUAGUGUCCACUGUCUUUAAAUCUUGUCUAGACAGACUGUCAGCCAAUCAUCUGAAACAGUAUUGUUUGUCUAAGAAAGGUUUAAAAACUUCAAGGUUAAAUGCCUGAGCAGUCUCAGCAUCUAUGCACUAGUGAGAAAAGUCAGUGGGGGCAAGCUGCCUUUACUUUACUCCCCAUACUGCAAAGAGACAUACUGCAGUGCAGUGGUACUUAGUGCCACCAGUACCACUGGUGAUGGAUCUCUAUGCACAGACUUAGGCUGCACAGACAUAUUGGCAUACUGAUUUCACAAUAUUUGUAGAUUAUGUUGGCUAUACUCUAUAAUAAAGGCUGCAUGUUUAUGAAUGAUGGCUAUAAUAAGCUGCUGUGGUAUAAACCACUCUGCUAUGCAUAGCUCUGUUUUUCAAACUAAAUAAACAGACUGAAGAGAACAAUACACUGAGCUUUUUUACUCUGCAAAAAUAAAACAGCAAAUGUCUGUGAUUCAAGCCCGAAGCCAAAUGUUACUCCACAUGUGACCUACCUCAUAUAAAAAUGCCUCCAGUUUUCAUUUAGCUAAAAAGUCUUAGAUUAUCCAGUUUUUGUAUAUUUGCUUUGGCUGCAUCCGAGUACCAAUCCCCCUUAAUGAAAUCUGCUCCUUUGAGACAUCCUGGAAAAAAUCAAGACAAUUCUUGUGAAUUAUAGUUUAAUUCACUGUUUUGUGGUUUUCUGCAUUUUCCCAGUAUUGAAACAGUAUAGGUAAAGCUGUACAUAUAACACUAUGAGUUGGUUUAUUGGA